AACAAUUAUAUAGUAACAAUCCAUCGUCAUUGAGAACACGUUUUAUCACAACAUGGCCGCUGGCCCAAUCGCCGAGCGAAAUCAAGAUGCCACCAUCUAUGUGGGAGGCCUGGAUGAGAAGGUGUCGGACACGAUCCUGUGGGAGCUGUUUGUCCAGGCGGGACCAGUCGUAAACGUGCACAUGCCCAAGGACCGGGUGACUGGCCACCACCAGGGUUACGGCUUUGUGGAGUUUCUAGGAGAGGAGGACGCUGACUAUGCCAUCAAGAUCAUGAACAUGAUCAAGUUAUACGGAAAGCCCAUCCGCGUCAACAAG